CGGGCGCUGCCUGAUUCGCGCGUUUCCCCCGGCGGCGGAGCGACGUUCCUGCGCCCCGGUGGCGCCCUCAGCCCGGCCUUUGGGGUUCGCUCGGCCGCAGCUCGGGCUCCCGGAGCCUGCCCCGCCAUGGACAACGGCAAAGUGUACGGCCAGACCACCGAGCCGCAGCGCCAGGCCCCCGCCUGCGGGUGCACCGUCACCCGGCUCAGCCGGCAGCGCCUGCUGCUCAAAGGGGCGCAAGUGCUGCUUUCCUUUUUGGCCUUCAUCCUUGAAGAAAUUGUGGAGAGUUGUAGCCUGUGUGGUGGGCUUUAUUUCUUUGAGUUUAUAAGCUUCAGUGCCACCUUUCUGAGUCUCCUGAUACUGAUUGUGUUUUGCACCUCUGCAUAUGAGAGGAUUGAGGAGGAUAGAUUAAAGGCAUUGGAUUUCUGGGUCACUACAGUAGUGGGAGUUCUCUUUUUUGUAGCUUCCAUUGUGUUUGCUGCAACCAAUGACAAGUCAUCUGUUGAAACUGUUGCAAUUGUGUUUGGCUUUUUCGCAAGUAUAGGAUUUCUAGCUGAUGGUAUUCAAAUAUUUAUGGAGAAACGUAAAGUGAAGGAAAAUAAAUUGGAGAACACUGGCAACACACACAACACACCAGAAAAUCAGCCGCUGAAUAACUAAAGCUAAACUUUAAAAAAAGUCCUUUAAUUUCUGAGAGUUAAAUUAAUCAAGAUGAAAUACUUUCAUUUCCCUACUUAUUUCACUGCAUUGAGGGUAACUUUGUCUUCUCUCUCUUUUGCUAGCCAGCUUUGUACAAGUCUGACCCAAUCAUAAGCUUUUAUAGACUCUUAAGUUUUUUAACAAUAGUAUGUUGAGCAUCAGGGUUUGUAAUAUUCUCCAUCUAACUUGUCCUGACUAAUAAUUGUUAGAGGGACAUUCUAAAAGGAAGAUAUUGCCUCCAAAUAGAUUUUUUUUUAUUUAAACAUAAAAUAGACAUCAGUAACUGAAAGCACUGAGACUUCUGAGAAGAAUGACUGUAAUACAGGCAAACUCAUCAGGCUUAAAUUCUGAGUUAUGUUUUUAAAAUAUUUAAAUUUUAUGUAAAUACAGCAGGCUAGAAUUAGAAUUCUGUUGCAUUAAUUCACACCUACCUAUGUUGGUGAUAUCCAGCUUCUUGCCUCUGAUACUAAGAAUGACUUAGUACAGGGGUUCUCAAACUGGGGGUCGGGACCCCUCAGAGGUUUGCGAGGUUAUUACAUGGGGGUCACAAGCUGUCAGCCUCCACCUCAAGCCCCGCUUUGCCUCCAGCAUUUAUAAUGGUGUUAAAUAUAUAAAAACAUGUUUUUAAUGUAUAAGGGGGGUCGCACUCAGAGGCUUGCUGUGUGAAAGGGCUCACCAAUACAAAAGUCGGAGAACCCCUGACUUAGUACAAUAAAAUCCCUUUCUUGUUUUAUCGGUUAAACUGUGAAUGUAAAAGGGAAACUAAAUUUUGCAAUCUCAUAGAGGUUUCUAUCCUCAAA